CCAUGGCUAGGGUUCCUCAAGAAAAUGAUGGCAUUGCGUGGGAAAGGCGCCAAGGGGAUUCUUACCGCGUUAGCGAGGAAGAAAUCGCGGCAUUUCACCGCGAUGGCUACGUGCAUCUCCAGGGAGUCUUGGCGGAGGAUGAGAUCGCGCAGCUCGAGCGUGAAUUCAUGGCGUUCCUGAGGCGUGAGAUUCGCGUGGAAGGGCGGGAUUUCUGCGACAUGUCCGCGGAUUACUCCAAGCCAGUGGAGAGCUUCUCGAUCAUCAACAUCAUGCUUCCUUCCAAAUACAAUCCCUCUCUCAAAGGAAACAUCUACCAGCGGAGAGCCGCCUCGAUUUCACAGCAACUCCUGGGCGAUGGCAUGGUCUUCGACUACGAUCAACUCCUCGCAAAGCCUCCAAACAAGCCGGACGCCGUAUUCAAGUGGCACCAAGAUCUAGCCUACUGGCCAGUGACCAAGGACACCAGGACCGCCUCCUUCUGGCUCGCCAUAGACGACUCCACUAUCCAGAAUGGCUGCUUGCAAUUCGUCCCAGGAACACACCUCGAGCAGCAGCUCCGCGACCACGGCCCGGCUCACGGCGAUCGCGAGAAAUCCCACACUCUAUUCGCUACUCUCGCGCCAGCCGAUGCUCCAAAAGCCAUGGAGAUCCGCCGGGGCGACGUGACCGUCCACCACGAACGCUUGCUCCAUGGAUCCAGUGGCAAUGUCAGCUCGGAUAGCUGGAGGAGAGCUUGGGUGAUCGCGUUUCGCAGCAAAGAGACCGUGGAGGAAGAACGUCGCAUUGGCUUCACGCACUCUCACAACGAUAAGCUCGAGGUGUUAAACUCGGUUGGCAGGGAAGGCGAUUCGAACCGCGACGCGCCUGGAUUUUUUGGGAGUGGGCCGGAUUCGAACCCGCGACCCGGCUAAACACGGGAAGGCGAUUCGAACCGCGACGCGUUUGGUGUUUUCGUGAAGGGACCGGAGUCGAGCCCGCGACGGGGGGUGACACGUCACCCGUCCACGUCAGCUUUAACCACCCAGAGGGUUAACCCAUCGCCAAAACCACACAGUCGUGGUUAAACCAUUCGCCUUGGAUGUAAAGAACAUAAAAUUGCAAACCCGCC